UAUUCAUGCUUUGCUCAUAUUGGACAGAAAUAUGUCUUCGCCUUGUCGAUGGAGCUAUUUCGGGAUAUAUCUUGUGCUCUUUCUGCUCUAUUGUUUCUGGGAAACGGUGUCUGGGCAGCUCUCUUAUUCCGUCUCAGAGGAGGUAACCCCGGAGACUGCUGUUGGAAAUAUCGCUAAGGACCUAAACCUUAAUUCACGGGAUUUGGAGUCGCGUAUGUUUCAAAUUGUCACUGGAUCAAAGAGGAAAUUCUUCGAGGUAAAUCUAAAGACUGGUGUUCUGUAUGUCCGUGAGAGAAUAGACAGAGAGGAGCUUUGCGCAGAGGAACUUAAAUGCUCAGUGAGUGUAGAAGCCGUCAUAAAUAACCCUUUAAAGCUUUACCGUAUCGACGUAGACAUUUUAGAUGUGAAUGACAAUGCCCCGUUGUUUUCGAGCAAAUUGCAGAAUCUGUACAUCGCGGAGAGUACUUUACCAGGAGUGAAAUUCGCAUUAUCUGAAGCAAGUGAUGUAGAUGUGGGGAGAAACGGUGUCAGUACUUACAAACUAAGCCAAAAUGAGCAUUUCUCUUUGGCUGUGCACAAAGCAGGAGACAGUGUGUCUGCUGAGUUGGUGCUGCAGAAAGCUUUAGACCGAGAGAAGCAGCCUGUCAUCACCAUGAAACUGACCGCUGUAGAUGGAGGGAAUCCUCCGAAAUCAGGCACAUCACAGCUCGUUAUUAAUGUUUUAGACAUUAAUGAUAACAUUCCGAUAUUCAGCGAGACGUUAUAUAAGACGAAAAUCCCCGAAAACGCGCCGCUGGGUACAAUAGUGAUCACUGUGAACGCUACAGAUGCAGAUGAGGGCCUGAACAGUGAGAUUGUAUAUUCACUGAGAAGCAAAGAUCAAGAUCAUGUGCUUGAUAUCUUUGAAAUUGAAAGUCAAACGGGUGUCAUCAAGGUGAAAGGCAAUGUAGACUUUGAGGAAAAAAAGGCUUUUGAGAUACGUGUAGAGGCCAGUGAUAAAGGGCAGCCUCCCAUGUCUGCUCAUUGUAAAGUGCUGGUAGAAGUGGUGGACGUAAAUGAUAAUGCUCCUGAGAUCACGGUGACGUCACUACAUACCACAGUGAAAGAGGACGCUGAUGUAGGCACCGUAGUUGCUCUAGUGUCAGUCCUGGAUAAGGAUGGUGGGAAAAACGGUGAUGUGAAAAUUCAAAUUAAAAAUGAGGUUCCGCUCAAACUCGAAACAAACUACAAAAAUUAUUAUUCUUUGAUAGUUGACGGACCCCUGGACAGAGAGAGGGUCUCUAAUUAUAAUGUCACCAUAAUCGCCACUGACAGUGGAACCCCCUCACUCUCCGGCACCAGUGUGCUGUCUAUACACGUUUCUGAUGUUAAUGAUAACCCACCGCUGUUCCCAGAGCCGCAGAUUAAUGUAUAUGUGAAAGAAAACAGUCCAGUGGGAGCAAUUAUUAAAACUGUUUCUGCAAUUGAUGCUGACGUUGACCAGAACAGUCAGGUGAGCUAUUCAGUUUUACAAAGUAACAGUAACUCACUGCCGUUAUCUACAAUGGUGAACAUCAACUCAGAGACUGGAGAUAUAGUCAGCCUGCAGUCUUUUAACUAUGAGGAGUUGAAAACGUUUCAGUUUAAAGUUCAGGCCACAGACUCUGGUGUUCCUCCGCUCAGCAGCAACGUGACUGUCAACGUUUUAAUCCUGGAUGAAAAUGACAAUAAUCCAACAAUUCUCGCGCCAUAUUCUGAGCACGGCUCCGUUAACAGUGAGAGCAUCCCCUAUUCUGCUGAAGCGGGAUACUUUGUGGCAAAGAUCAGGGCUGUAGACGCAGACUCUGGAUACAAUGCGCUGCUCUCUUAUCACCUCUCUGAGCCCAAAGGAAACAACCUCUUCCGCAUCGGAACCAGCACCGGAGAAAUCAGGACUAAGAGGAGAAUGAGUGACAAUGACCUGAAAACUCACCCCUUGGUGGUGUUGGUGUCUGAUAACGGAGAACCCUCCCUGUCAGCUACUGUGUCUAUUGAGGUGGUGGUGGUUGAGAGCACAGCUGACAUCCAGACUCAGUUCAGACAUGUGCCCAUAAAGGACGACAGCUUCUCUGCGCUGAACCUGUAUCUGCUGAUCGCCAUUGUGUCGGUGUCAGUCAUCUUUCUGCUCAGCCUCAUCAGUUUAAUAGCUGUCAAAUGCCACAGGACAGACGGCACUUUCAGCAGGUACAGCGCCCCAAUGAUCACCACCCACCCUGACGGGAGCUGGUCUUACUCCAAAGCUACUCAGCAGUAUGACGUGUGUUUCAGCUCAGACACACUCAAGAGUGACGUAGUAGUUUUCCCCGCACCGUUUCCGCCUGUAGAUGCUGAGCUGAUCAGUAUUAAUGGAGGAGACACGUUUACCAGAACUCAGACUUUACCUAAUAAAGAAAAGGUAAGAAAAAUAUGGAAAAGUAACAUGUUUUAUGUGAUGUAUUAUUUUAUCCUUCUGGGCUGCGGCUGCGAGCAAGUCGUGUUCUACUUUUCUUAAUAAAGUUUAACACUGCAGUAUGUAUGUCGUUGUCCGUGGUGCUGAAAUAAGCGCCAGAGUGUGAUGAGUGCUAUUGGGAGAGUAUAUUCACUGCAGUUGUCUCAGUUAUUUAAAGCGUGACUAUGCUGACUUUCAAAAUGUAUACAUCUACAAAAUCAGGUCCCCAUUCAUUAUCAGUGAAGCAGACUUACUUCUCUGGGUCUGGCUUUGAUAGAGAUUAGCUCAUGUUUAUAGAUGGUGAUUGAACUUUCCACGGCCAUGGAAAUAACAUACUGGGAUUCUUAAUUUAGGUGGUGUUCCCCUUUGAGUCAAUUGAUAGGUGAUGUAUAUAAGAUUUCACCACAAUUUAAGAAGGAGUCUCUCUGGAUAACUGCAUUACCUCAAUUCAACUACUUAAAA